CAGGACUGGAGCGCACACAGCCGAUCGGCUUCCUGCAGCUCUUCCGCUUCUCCACCUGCGGGGAGAUCGCGUGGCUCUUCUUUGGGUUCCUCAUGUGCUGCGUCAAGGCGUUGACCCUGCCCGCAGUGGUCAUCAUUUACAGCGAGUUCACAGCACCCUCUCCGCUGCCACGAACAUCACCACGCUGUCGUUUCCCUUCACGAUGGCCAACAGCAGCGGCGGCGGGUACACCAUUCCCACGGGGACCCUGAGCAUCCUUCCCAUCGCGGCGAACGCCCAGCUGCCGACCAUCACGACAACGGCCAGUGGCUACGAGCCCAAUGACGUCAUCACCACGAUCCCCGUCUCGCUCUCCAUUCAGCGCUUCCCCUCGUCCCUGUCCAUCGUGGACCUGGCCCAGGAGCAGGACGGCUACAGCAACAGUGGCUCCAGCAACGGCAUGACCGUGGGGCCGGGUGCGGGCGGCGGCGGCGGCAUCACCACCACGGCCCUCCUGUCCGUGAAGCCCCUGAACGGCAGCGGCAACGGCAACAUUUCGCGGAACAACAGCUUCAGUCUGAGCUUCAACCUGCAGGACCCCACAGUGCGCUCCUCGGUGCGUUCGGCAGGAGCCCCACAGUGGAUACAGUGGACAACUCUUCAUCCAGUGGCACGAUCGCCCUGCCCCAGAGCGGCGCCACGGCAACGGCAACGGCCACGAGUGCUACCUCAACCCUCGCCAAACACAGUCCCGAGGCCAAGACAGGAGAGGCUAUGUCUGAGCGGAGGAACAGGACACCUAUUCCGACCCAUCCACUGGAUUAUAGCGUUCGUCGUAGGUUUAAGCACCCCCUUCCAGAACCACUGA